AUGGCUCAACGGGAAGACAAGAGGGAUGAAUUGAUACACCCGGAAGUCUUGCCUGUCGCACAGAACGCGAGAAUGUCCCAAUUUCUCACACCAAAUCUCGCGCUGAUGGCAGACUCGACGAUUCUGAAACGAUCUCUGAGUUUGAAUACUGUUAUUUUGACAACCUCAUCCUUCAGCAUCCGCUUUCAAAAUGCGCGCUCUCGACCCCACUUGGAACAACUCAAUUAA